AUGCAACGGCGGGGCUGGCCCCGGGGGUCCCAGCAGGAGGGCGAGACCCCCGUCCCCAGCCCCAAGAGGGCCAGCAGGCAGAGCCCGGGUGGCCGUGCCAUGCUGGGGCUCGCCUGGCUGGACUCUGAGCCUCCUCCGGAUGGCAUGAGGAUGAGCUGCGGGUACAUCCUGUGCACGGUCCUGCUCUCGGUGGCCGUCCUCCUGGCGGUGACGGUCACGGGGGCCAUCCUCUUCAUGAACCACUACCACACGCCCGUCACCGAGUCGCCCCCCGUCAUCAGCACCAACCCCGAGGAAGCCAACGCCCUGGUCACCAUCGAGAAAGCCGACAGCUCCCGCAUCAACAUCUUCAUCGACCCCAACUGCCCCGACGCCACCGGCACCUUCGGGCGCCUGGAAGGGCUGCAGACCUCCCUGCUGCGUGCCGUCACCGACCACGACGCCGAAGCCAAGGCCACCAAGAGCCAGCAGAAGGCCCUGCUGGUCACGGUGGCGGAUGAGGUGGCCAAGCUGCUGACACACGCCGUGCAGCUGCGCGCCGACUGCGAUGGGCUCAAGAAGGGGCACAGCGCCAUGGGGCAGGAGCUCAGCGCUCUGCAGGGAGAGCAGGGCAGGCUCAUCCAGCUGCUCUCGGAGAGCCAGACCAACAUGGCUCGGCUGGUGAGCUCCGUCAGCGACGUCCUGGACACGCUGCAGAAGGACCGUGGUGGUGCCCGGCCCCGGCUCAAGGCCGACCUGCAGCGAGCGCCGGCCAGGGGAGCGCGGCCCCGGGGCUGCUCCAACGGCUCCCGGCCCCGAGACUGCUUUGACAUCUAUGCGAGCGGACAGCAAGAAGAUGGGAUUUACUCCAUCUUCCCCACGCACUAUCCCUCUGGCUUCCAGGUCUACUGUGACAUGACGACCGACGGGGGCGGCUGGACGGUGAGCUGCUGCCGUGUUGGGGACCACUGGGUGAUGCCACCACCAGCCACAGGCUGUCGGCUGGACGGGCUGAAGAGGAUCCACGUGCUGACGGUGCAGGGCAGCUACGAGCUCCGCAUCGACCUGGAGGACUUCGACAACGGCACCGCCUUCGCCCACUACGGCAGCUUCGGCGUGGGGCUCUUCUCCGUGGACCCCGAGGAGGACGGGUACCCUGUCUCCAUCGCCGACUACUCGGGGACGGCAGGUGACUCCUUCCUGAAGCACAACGGGAUGAAGUUCACCACCAAGGACCUGGACAACGAUCACUCGGAGAACAACUGCGCGGCUUUCUACCACGGCGCCUGGUGGUACCGCAACUGCCACACCUCCAACCUCAACGGGCAGUACCUCAAGGGCCACCACAGCUCCUACGCCGAUGGCAUCGAGUGGUCCUCCUGGACCGGCUGGCAGUACUCCCUCAAGUUCACCGAGAUGAAGAUCCGGCCUGUCCGGGAGGAGAAUUAGCUGGAUGGCAUGAGCCCCCCCCCGAUGCCCAGACCCCUGCCCUUCCCCACCACCUCGUAGCUCUGUCCCCUCAACUGCCACCCUCUCCAUCCUCCCCGAAGGCUGGCCCAUCUUCGAGGUGCCCCUGGGGAGCACCUGCCCCCAGCAAGGGUGGAUUUAGCUCCUGGGCACCCACGGACAUCACUGGACCUUUGCCUCCUCCCACCAUGGCUCCCCUGCAGCCAAAAUGGGUCUCCUGGCCAGAGCAUCACCCAC